CACGGAACUCUCUUCUCGCGAGAAGACAUUUCGCCGAAAAAUAUGGAUGUCGGUGGAAACGGUGGUGGAUUACCAGUCAAUAAUAAACAGAGAGCUAUGCUGCCCAACAAAAGCCGGGGCGAAUUUAUUCGCAAUCAAAGAAAAGACUCAGAGGGGAUGUCUGAGUCUCCGGACCUGGAGUUUGAGUAUGCAGACACAGACAAGUGGGCUGCAGAGCUAUCAGAGCUUUACAGUUAUACUGAAGGACCAGAGUUUGCUCUCAAUAGAAAGUGCUUCGACGAGGAAUUCAGAACUCACGUGUCUGAUAAGAAGUGGACGGAGCUGGAUGCAGAACAGCACAGAGCUCAUGCCAUGCGCCUGUUGGACAGCCUGGAGGUGAUUGCCCGAGAGAAGAGGCUGAAGGUUGCCAGAGCCAUCCUCUACAUGGCUCAGGGAACAUUCGCUGAGUGCAGCUCAGAGGCCGAGGUGCAGCACUGGAUGAGAUACAACAUCUUCCUGCUGUUGGAUGUCGGGACCUUCUCUGCUCUGGUGGAACUGCUCAACAUGGAGAUAGAUAACAGCGCUGCCUGUAGUAGUGCUGUUAGAAAGCCAGCAAUUUCCCUGGCAGAUAGCACAGAUCUCAGGGUGCUGCUGAACAUAAUGUACCUGAUGGUAGAAACGAUUCAGCAGGACGACCCAGCAGACAGGCCUGAAUGGAGGGCCAUCAGGGAGACCUUUAAAACAGAACUGGGAUCUCCACUGUAUAACAAUGAGCCCAUUUCUGUGAUGCUCUUUGGCAUGGUUACUAAGUUCUGCAGCGGUCAUGCCCCCCACUUCCCUAUGAAGAAGGUCUUGUUACUGUUGUGGAAGAGUAUACUGUUCACGCUUGGAGGGUUUGAGCAGCUACAAAGCAUAAAAGUGCGUAAGCGUGAGGAACUGGGUCUACCCCCGCUCCCAGAGGACAGCAUCCGAGUGAUUAGGAGCAUGAGGGCCGCUUCUCCUCCUGCCUCUGCGUCUGACCUCAUAGAGCAACAGCAGAAACGGGCACGCCGCGAACACAAAGCCCUGAUCAAACAGGACAACCUGGAUGCGUUCAACGAAAAGGAUCCCUACAAGGCAGAUGACACCCGUGAGGAUGAGGAUGACAACGAUGACAACGACAACUCUAUAGAGGCAGAGUCUUUCCCCCUAGAGAGGGACGAGGUCAUGCCUCCACCUAUUCCACACCCUCCUUCAGAGCGGGUGUCCUUCCCCAAAGGGCUGCCUUGGGCUCCUAAAGUCAGGGAAAAGGACAUUGAAAAUUUCCUGGAAUCCAGUAGAAGUAAAUUCAUCGGAUACACACUUGGAAAUGAUACAGAUACAGUUGUUGGCUUGCCGAGGCCGAUCCAUGAGAGCAUCAAAACGUUGAAGCAGCACAAAUACGUUUCCAUAGCAGAGAUUCAAAUUUCAAAGGAGGAGGAGUUUCAGAAAACUCCGCUGUCAGGGGGUGAAGAAGAGGUGGAGAUGUGUGCCACUGAGCUGCUGUACCAGGGGAUUCUUCCCAGUUUGCCUCAGUAUAUGAUUGCCUUGCUGAAGAUCCUGCUCGCAGCAGCACCGACCUCCAAGGCCAAGACAGACUCCAUCAACAUCUUGGCCGACGUGCUGCCUGAGGAGAUGCCAACCACAGUGCUGCAGAGUAUGAAACUUGGUGUUGAUGUCAAUCGCCAUAAAGAAAUCAUUGUGAAAGCCAUCUCUGCCAUCCUGCUGCUGCUUCUCAAACACUUCAAACUUAACCACAUCUACCAGUUUGAGUACAUGGCUCAGCACCUCGUAUUUGCCAACUGCAUCCCCCUUAUUCUGAAGUUCUUCAACCAGAACAUCAUGUCUUACAUCACGGCUAAGAAUAGCAUUUCAGUUCUUGACUUCCCUUACUGUGUCGUGCAUGAGCUGCCAGAGUUGACCGCAGAGAGUUUGGAAGCAGGAGACAACAAUCAGUUUUGCUGGAGGAAUCUGUUUUCCUGUAUUAACCUGCUGCGGAUCCUGAACAAACUGACCAAGUGGAAGCACUCGAGAACCAUGAUGCUGGUGGUGUUCAAGUCAGCUCCCAUCCUGAAGAGGGCGCUGAAGGUUAAGCAGGCCAUGAUGCAGCUCUAUGUCCUCAAACUGCUCAAAGUGCAAACCAAAUACCUGGGACGUCAGUGGAGGAAAAGCAACAUGAAGACCAUGUCUGCCAUCUACCAAAAGGUCCGCCACCGCCUCAACGAUGACUGGGCCUAUGGAAACGCAGAUUUGGAUGCACGUCCGUGGGACUUCCAAGCAGAGGAGUGUGCUCUGCGCGCCAACAUCGAACGCUUCAACAGUCGCCGCUACGACAAGAACCAGAGCAAUCCCGACUUCCUGCCUGUGGACAACUGUCUGCAGAGCGUUUUGGGACAACGAGUGGACCUGCCAGAGGAUUUCCAAAUGAACUAUGACCUCUGGCUGGAGCGUGAGGUGUUCUCCAAACCUAUUUCCUGGGAAGAGCUGCUACAGUGAGAAACAACAAAAUGUCAACAUCCUCUUCCUUCUAUAAGGAAUAACCUCGGUCCAACAACAAACAAAACAUUCAGACAAACUAUGAGCAGUGCACUCGUACCACACUGGUUGAACAGUGAUCAAAGCUACACAUCUCCUGUGUAGCAUGAAGUUAAUGGAUGAAUUUUAUUCUGAAAAGUUGACUUAAUAUGCUGUUCCGUCAUUGCAGUUGGAUCAGCAUGGUUUUGCAGUUUGGGGCAUCAAAAGCUUUAUAUGAUCAAUCAUUGCCUUUAAGAAAUUUAGCAUUACUGUAAUUACAGUCCACUGGUUAAAAAAAGAUAAUCUUUUUGUACUUAGGUUCACUGAAAGUUUUCCAGCACUAAUGCCACCCAUAGUUUCUAAUGAGAUAUUCAAAAUUUAAAGUGACUUAAGUGCUUAAUCCCCCUCUGUUUGUGGACUGAAAUCCAACCUUUACCAUACACAUAUAUUUGCUUUGUGUGCCUCUUACCUGCUAGGUCGAUGACUUUGUCCUGCAAGCACUACAUCACAGUAUAUUCACUCUAAAAAGGAAAGGUUUUGGAAUAAGUGUGUUUUAUGUAUAAACUGUACAGACUCAGACAAUGGUGUGAGUGCCAUGUGUGGUUGUGUUUCUUUUUAAACCUUUUCAUCGCAGUGCGUACACAGCUAUCUGGAUACCAUUUUAAUUAACUCAGAGGCAUUAGUGCGCAUGUCGGUACCCAGUUUCACAUGGCCUGUCUGGUGAUAUGCUCCACAGUUUAAGAUGGUGGAAGGAAUGCAACAUUCCUUGUGUGCCUCAUGAGUAUGACUCUUAUUUUGAGAGUUAAAAGAUAAAUUAGGGGCUUUUUAAUCAUUAUGUCUGUGUUUUGUGCAAAUAAGAACAGCCGACACAAUAUUGUAUAAGUUUUUAAUGGUUGCGGCACAAAAGGGUCCAUCUCUGUUAAACUUAUUUCUCCUUUGACGUUCCACUGCUUUGGCUCAUGAUUUGCAUAUAAUUUGCAUAAUUGGUUAACUUUUACGAGUGCUGUUUUGGAGGUUUUCUUCAUCAUCACACCUGUAACAUGGGACCAUGGAGUCGGACAUUAAGACACUUACUGAACACCAGGCUGAAUGGAAGUGGAAACACAGCCUAAUAUUUCUACCUAAAGAAUCUUGCUUAUGGGAAAAUGUAUCUUAAUUUGCUUUUUUUGUGUGGAUGACUGCGCAUGUGUGUGUGUGGGUGUGUGUGUGUGUGUGUACGUAGGUUGAUUGCGUGAAGUAAAAGAGAAGCGUUGAAAUUCAGUGUAGAGUCGUCGAGACACUGAUCCUCAAAGUUACAAAUCUGUCGUUCCUAAGCUUCACUAGCCAGGUAGGAUUUUUGUACUCAAUGGGAUAACUUCAACCAACUAGGGGGUAAAAAAAAAAAAAAAAAAAUGGAACGGCGCAGGUAACGCAUUUUCUUGUGUUUUUACUAUUUUUCAACUUAGGUUGUUUUAUUUUAUUAUAAAGGUUAAGAAAACGCCUUGAAGUGGCUAAAUGAAAAGACAACCUGUAAAUUGUGAAAACUUAUUUAUCAUGGCUUUUGUCACUGUUUUACAUUGUCUGACUUCAAUACUGUAAUAAAAAUCUACUAUUAU